UGAGUUUGGGGGCAGAGAGCCCUGCGCACAAGGGAGUGUCAAGACAGUGGCACGGAUGGCCCCUUGGUACCCUUUGGGCGUCAGCAUUCGCUGUCAGACAGGAGGGUGAGCUGUCGGCGUUCACCCUGUGUGGAGAGGAGUUUCCGGCGCUCGGUUCCCGCCGCAUUCCCGGGCUGGUAGCAAGGAAGCCGGCUGGUGGGUGGCAAGAGGCGGAGCCAGGGACGCAAGGGGCGUGGACGCGGCCGGCUUUGGAAGGGCCCCAAGUUAAUGAGGCGUGCGCCGGCAGCCGAGCGCCUCUCGGAGCUGGGCUUUCCCCCGUGGUGCGGGCGCCAGGAGCCGCCUUUUCCGCUGGGUGUCACUCGGGGGUGGAGAGGAUGGCCCAUUCAAAAGCGCCACGAGGGGGCUCGGCCAGUACCCUUCAGUGAGCGCUCGCAAGAGGACGGCAGGAGCCUAGCAGCUGGCGGCUCCGGGACCUUGCGGCGAAUCAGGACACGGCUAACCUUCUGCCGGGACCCAGAUCCACCACCACCGCCGCCGCCGCGGUUCUGUCUCCUGCGAGUUAACCUCCUCUGCGCGCUCCGGGCAGGUGGCCGUGGGAGCCGCUGGAGCGAGGACGGCGCGCGUCUGCUGCUACUGCCCCCGGCACGGGCCGCUGGACACGGAGAGGCCGAGCCGAGAGGCGGCCCCCCUUAUGCCGAGAGGAUGUUGGAGAGCAGUGGCUGCAAGGCUCUGAAGGAGGGCGUGCUGGAGAAGCGCAGCGACGGGCUGCUACAGCUCUGGAAGAAAAAGUGCUGUAUCCUCACCGAGGAGGGGCUACUGCUCAUCCCGCCCAAGCAGCUGCAACACCAGCAGCAGCAACAGCCCGGGCAAGGGCCGGCCGCCGACCCGUCCCAACUCGGAGCCCCCGCCGUUGCCGGCCUUGAGCCGCCGGUCAAGCUCAAGGAAUUGCACUUUUCCAACAUGAAGACCGUGGACUGCGUGGAGCGUAAGGGCAAGUACAUGUACUUCACUGUGGUGAUGGCUGAGGGCAAGGAGAUCGACUUUCGGUGCCCGCAGGACCAGGGCUGGAACGCGGAGAUCACGCUGCAGAUGGUGCAGUACAAGAACCGUCAGGCCAUCCUGGCGGUCAAGUCCACGAGGCAGAAGCAACAGCACCUGGUGCAGCAGCAGCCCCCGCAGCCGCAAAGCCAGCUCCAACUACAGCCACCACCGCAGCAGCCACAGCAGCAGCCACCGCAGCAGCCCCAGUCCCUGCCCUUGCCCCAGUCCCAGCCCCAGCUCCAGCUCCAACCCCAGCCCAAGCCCCAACCCCAGCAAUUCCACGCGUACCCGCAUCCUCAACCGCACCAGCACCCUCACCCUCAUCCACUCGCGCACCCGCACCCGCCACCGCACUCGCAGCCACACGGGCACCGGCUCAUCCGCAGCACCUCCAAUUCUGCCUGAAGAGGGCAGCACUCAGGCCAGAGCAGAUUCGCAGGGCUUGAGAAAGUGGGACGAGAGCACAUUGAUAUUGCCUUCGCUUGGAUCACAACGAGAACCUUCUCCCCGCCCCGCAGCAGAUCCGGUAGAUUGGACUUAACCAGACUGUUAAUUGCGGGGUCGCCCUUGGUUUUUCCAUGUAUUCUUCAUCACCACCCUGGAAACGGCAUCGCCAAGACUUUAUUUAUGAACCUCUAAAAGGAUCUUUUAGGACGGUUGGACCUUGGAGCGAUGAUGUACUGUAAUUUUAUUUUAAUGUAUUUUGAUUUAUUUAUUAGUUUUUUAAAAAAACUUGUUCUGAGACAUUUCUGAAUGUAGGCCACUUUCCCAACAAGAAACUUUAUUUUCAAAACCCAUCCCUUAGUACGUCCUAAUCUUAGAAAAGAAAACGGAAAAAAAUGGUGGGUGGAGGGGAAACGCGAAGCAUCUGGUGCGUUCUGUGUAGGGCAUUUCCAGAAGGUCUGACCCUUGCAUUGUCUGACCAGGAGGUUAAAAUUAAACUGAUAUUCUUUUUUUCUUUGAGGUUUUUUUCCCCCCCUAGGCAUAGUUUGUAUAGUGUAGAAGUUUUACAAAGCUGGGAAUUGUUUGAUUAUGAAAAAGAAAUGAUCUGGAGACUGCUUUUCUAAAUGGGAAUUGCUGAAAAUGAUUUUGAUAUCAAAAUCUAUCAAAGGUAACCCACGUGAGGGUUGGAUGAGCAUAUUUGGGGUAUGUGCUGGGCUGGGGUCUACUGUAGAAGCAGCUUCGCCUCCAGUACCUGCAAGUGAAGCUUCGGUAAGGUGCGUCCUUUGGGCUGAUUUGCUAAUUCAAAAAGUAUGUAAUGGGGGGAAGGAAAAUCAUUGAACUUGAGAGAAUAUUGUGCCCCUUCCAUCCUCCUCAAGGGCUUGGGGCACCACACUUUCUGAUCUUUAACUUAGCUUUAGAAGUGGCACACAGAAGGAUCUCAUAAUUUAAGAAACAGUUUGUGUAUAUUUCAAAGGGCUAGGAGCCAUAACCUUGUUUUCAUACGGAAAAUUAUGUUGAUGGGAGAAGCCAACUGUUUUUGCUUUUUAUUGCUCUGUGAGAAAUUUGAGGUUAUGUGUUUGGUUGUUAGGUUAGCUAAACUUAGAAAUUGAAAAAGGAAGGACUGGAUAAACACAGCGUUUUCAGUUAGGAAACAACCCCGGUCUGUGUUAGGAGCCACUUGUUCAGUAGGAUGUGGAGGGGAAAAAAGAGAAGAGGAUGUGCUUUUAAAGGUAGAACAAACCCUCUUCUGUGUCCAGUCAAAAGGACAAUCACAGUCCACAGGGCAGAUGCUUCUGGAGUCUAAAUGGAGUCUUGGGUGACAGCAAAUGCUCCUGGGCUCAGAAUCACUUCCUAUCUGUGUGGCUUGUGUGGACGGACCCGUCUCUGGUUUUCAAGAUCUGUUUCACAAAGUCUUUGUUGGUGUUUUUUGGUUUUUUUUGUUUUUCCCAGCAUCCUGAUUAGAAUGGUAUUAGGCCAUUGCUAAGUUCUGUAGGCAAGCAAAGACAGUAGAGUUGUAUGCUAAAAAUUUUUUCAUUUACCUUCCCUCUAGAAAGGAAUUUUAGGGUGAAAUUAAUCUUAAUGUAAUCUUCAAGUGAUGAACUUUUGAGAUCAUAACUCUUACCUGUAAAGUUUCAGAGGAAAAUGGAAACUUGAGUGAAUGUCAAGGACAACUUAAGUGUGCUGCCACUUCCAGAUUCCAUUUAGAUUGCAGUUGCAAAAACAUACCUCCAAGAUUCCUCUCCCUCUGUUUCAUUUCAUUUCUUUCUUCCUUUUUCUUUCCUUUCCUGCCCAUUCCUUUCCUUCUUUUUUAUGGCAACACAGAGAGAUAGAUCUAAAGAUUUUUUAAUUCAAGAUUGGUUGAGCUUCCUUAGGGCUACUGCUGUAUGUUUUGGAAAAUGUCUCCUAGCAGUAUGGUUUAAAUACAUACAGAGCCUAAUAAUCCCAAUUAAACCAACCUAAUCCCAAAUUCAUCCCAAAUACUUUAAAAAAUUAAGUUUCACAUAGGGCACUGAAAGGGCAUUUGUUAACUUGCUUGCAGGGCUAGGCCAUCUCAUUGUUGAAAAAAACACAUCCAGGAUCCUCCACAAUAGCCAUGCCUUUUAUUGGGGCUACUGGAAUCACAAUUUGUUGGCUUUCUGUAAGCCCUGCUUCCUUGUUUUUGUGUGAUGUUUAUGUUGAAUUAUGGUCCUGUCGUCUUAACCCGUCUUAGCAUUUCACUGUGAAAUCUCUGAAGUCAGAGAAGUAAGAUGGUUUUACUGUUUUGACCCUUCAGAUUAUUAUGGUUUAACAAAGAUAAAAAGCAGGCUCAGCAAAACGGUUUGCAUCUGUUAGCAUAUCGGCGGCUGUAUUGCACCUGUGAGAAAAUGAGGCAAACCACCAGAGAUACAAAGGUUUGGCGGGUUAGCUUCCUGAAAAAACGGAAGACAGAAAUUAAGAAGCUGGAAAAUGGAAAGGAAUGUCCCAUCUGGAAACUGAACUUUUGUUCCUGAAACCAGUGUUGGCACUAAGCCUCUAACACCGUGAGCUCAGUAACUACUUGUUGGGAGAAAUGAAUGAAAGAAGGAAAACAUAUUAACUAGCCAGCACCCCUGGAGAUCUUGUCUCUUGCCAUAAUGAAUGCUGUUUCGUGGGAGCAGCUGGUUCUAUGCCAGGCUAAGUGAACCUCUCCGUGGAAAUUCACUUGCUGUGCCCUUGCCCUACAGGAGUCCAGAGGCAGUAAGAGACCCCUUCGAAACUGAACACUUUCCUCCUCAAGUGCGCUGGGAUAUUCUAAUCCCGGGAAAACCAAACCACCCUUUCUCAUCUAACUUGACAUUAUUCCCAAUGAUGGUAAAAACCAGCCAGUCAAGAAGUAAACACUACCCUUUGCUUUAAAGGAGCUUCCUCAGUCUGAUGCUAGACAUCGGAGCUGCCAGACUGUGAAUGCAAAUGUGUCACUUCUGGCUGCAGGUAAAGUGGUAUGGCUUCCACUUGGCUGCAUGCUUGUAAGAGGGGUCUAAGACCUCAGUUAAUCCAGAGCUUCACGUGAGAAGGAUAGACCCAUGAGCAUGUGUUUAUCCUUUUGCUGAGUGUUGAGCUAGUUGGCUUUUACCCUCAGUAGAAUAAAAUUUAAAUUUGGAAAUUGUAGAUCUUGGUAUUGAAUCCUUCAGUAAUUCUUGCAGUUACCUCUAGCAACCUAAGAUGCAUUCGUUGUGGAAAUGUGUUGGGGAAGGAGUUUGAAGAACUGGUCUCUUAAAUUCUUGUUGCAAUUUUGAAAGACAACUUUGAUCUGUUGUGUUGAAGAGCCAAUCUGGGUUUGUGUCAAAGUAGAUGAUGCUGAUCUGUGAAUGCAUUGGCAGGAAGUUUGUAAAUGCACGCAGGAAGCUGCAGGGCUUUCUCAGGGCGCUGUUGUCCAGUGAAGAAAGCAGAAGGCCUGCUGGUGGAUAAAGGCAGCUGCAUACAAACUGGCGAGGCCCCUUCCCAGCGCUGUGAAACUGGUUUACUGGUGACAGACUGGGCAGUGGGGAAAGCAGGCUUUCAAAGAAUGAUAAAAACUCAUCUGUUACAUUCCAUGAUCAGCCUUCUUAAGGCUUCAGAAUACAUAUGAAUCCGCUUCUGUAAAGCAGGUAUCACCAUACACCAAAUGCUUUAUAAAUCAUUACAUAUUCAUGAACCUAAUAGCAUGGUCAGACUUUGUGUAAAUAUGUGUCUGAAAUGAUUUUGAGGAGAUGUGAUUUAUUUUUCAUAUUUUCCAAAUGCAUUCCAUUUCAAAUAAAGUAUCUAUUGAGAU